AUUGCAGUUCAUUGCAUAUCCUUGCGCUGGGUCGAUACGCGACCGGUUGUUGUUAGCCGGCAGUAUCCCUUCACUGUAGGCUUAUGCAUAUUCCUUUAAAUGGAGAAACAGGGAAAGUGAAAGCGGUCAGAAGCACUAAGCGCUAGCAAAUGCAGUUGUACAGCACGGAAGCAGGGGUAGGAAAAGGAAACGUUUAAACGCAUGAAUGAAAUUGUAGGCAAGCAGGCGUGUGUAUUAGUGAAAGACAAAGGGAUGGUUUGAGAACAAAUAUUCUUGUUCAAAUGAAAUUUGCUUGUUGCUAUGUUCGACUUAAACAUGCAUUUGAGCUAGAGGUGUAACACUGCGGUAAAUUAUUUCUCGCAGGACAGUACAGUAGUCGGCUACAAUCCGCAGUCUCAAAAACACUACUCCAGGACAGCAUUCAAGGGUGGGGGGCCCCCUGCACCACAGAAGAAGGCGGGAAAUCCAGGUUUUCUCAGAUCUAGCUCAGCGGAGAUCCCUCUGAUCCCGGGAGCCAAGCUGGCAGCCGUGACGCGGUUGAUGCGCGCUGCUGGAGGCCCCCUCGCCCCCCCGCCGCUGUCCCCCGCCUGAUCGCGCCCCCGUCCCCCACCCCCCGUCCCCCCCCCCCUCCACCAGCGAUGGCCAUGAGCACCGACCCUGGCUACGCCGCGCCGGACUCGGACCCGGAGCACCAGACGGAGCUGGCCGACAUGGUGGCCGCCAUGGACAUGGCCGCAGCCAAGGACGCCGCCGCGGCCGCCAACGGUGUGAAGGACGGGGCGCCGGACCCGGCCGCCAAGCGGGCCCCCCAGCGGCCCGUCCUGUCCAACAGGAAGCUGUCCCUGCAGGAGCGCGGGACCUACCUGGGGGCCGGCGGCGGGGCCUACCCUCACAUCUCGCCCAGGGUGGCCCGCAGGCCCACCAUCGAAUCCAAGCGUGUGUCCAUCUCUGACGCCCAGGACUGCAUCCAGCUGAACCAGUACAAGCUGAAAAGCGAGAUCGGAAAGGGCUCGUAUGGGGUGGUGAAGCUGGCGUAUAAUGAAGACGACGACAAGUAUUACGCAAUGAAGGUUGUCUCCAAGAAGAAGAUGAUGAAACAGUAUGGAUUUCCACGUCGCCCCCCUCCUCGCGGGCCCAAGGCAGCCCAGGGAGAGCAGCCCAAGGUCCUGGGACCUCUGGAGAGGGUCUACCAAGAGAUCGCCAUCCUGAAGAAACUGGACCAUCUCAACAUCGUCAAACUGGUGGAGGUUCUCGAUGAUCCAUCUGAAGACAACCUUCACAUGGUAUUUGAGCUAAUGCAGAAGGGCCCUGUGAUGGAGGUUCCCUGUGACAGCCCUUUCUCUGAGGACCAGACCCGCACCUACUUCAGAGACAUCGUCCUGGGCAUCGAGUACCUGCACUACCAGAAGAUAAUCCACAGGGACAUCAAGCCCUCCAACCUGCUCUUGGGGGACGACGGCCACGUGAAGAUUGCCGAUUUUGGGGUCAGCAAUCAGUUUGAGGGGAACGACGCGCUUCUCUCGAGCACGGCUGGGACCCCCGCCUUCAUGGCCCCGGAGACCCUGUCUGACAACCGCAAGAGUUUCAGCGGGAAGGCCCUGGACGUAUGGGCGAUGGGAGUGACCCUUUACUGUUUCGUAUUCGGGAAGUGCCCUUUCAUAGACGAGUACAUCCUCGCCCUGCACAACAAGAUCAGGAGCAGGCCCGUGGAGUUCCCGGAAACGCCGCCGAUCAGCGAGGACCUGAAAGCGCUCAUCCUGAGAAUGCUGGACAAGAACCCUGACGACAGGAUCACCAUUCCCGAGAUCAAGCUGCACCCUUGGGUGACCCAGAACGGCGCUGACCCGCUGCCCCUGGAGGAGGAGCACUGCACCGUGGUGGAGGUGACGGAGGAGGAGGUGCAGAACUCGGUCAAGUUCGUGCCCAGCCUCUCUGCCGUGAUCCUGGUCAAGGCCAUGCUGAGGAAGCGAUCCUUCAGCAACCCCUUCGAGUGCCCCAGCAGGAGGGAGGAGAGGUCCAUGUCCGCCCCCGGGAACCUGCUCAUGGACACGUGGCUGUUCCGCUCCUCUCUAAAACAUCACCCCUCAUUAAGGAAGGGCAGCAGUGGAGAGGGCAGCAGGGAGGUGGAGCUGGAGGAUCUGCACGAGGACGAGCCGUCCGCCUAACUCUGUCCGCGCCCGCCCCUUUAGCACCCCCAACCCCGCCCACUGCCACGCCUCCGACCUCAGCACCCCGCCCAGUCACACCACCCCCCUCCCAACGCAAAAAGAAAAAAGAUCUUCUCAAAAAAAACUUUUGUUUUUUUUACCUGGAGAGACUAGAAUGACUACUUCUGGCAGUGCAAGGUGACAUUUUCUGACGUGGUUUACAGGCAUUUUGAGGCUGCUUGUGUGUUUUUUUUAAUCGCAUUUUAUUUUAUUUUUUACUGCUUGCAUUUUGCAGCACUGGACUGGUUGUGUCUCUGUUCUGUUCUGUGUAGCCUUACACAAGCCCAGCAUGCACAGGCAGCUCAUAACCACAGACUGCCGGGGUAACACUGUAAAUGUCAGAGACGACCUGAGACAGACCACGCACUGACCUGAGCAAAACAACCGACAUGCUCUCCGACCGGCAGUCGAGCGUUUGAGGACAGAAGAGUCGUGUCCUUCUUUGGGGAAGGUGUCUGUCAGUCACCACGGAGGCUUGACCUGAUCGAUCCAUCGCAUUAAUGACCGCCACCAAGCUUGCAGCGAUUCGCAGUGACAUCAGAGCACGUUUUCCAUUAGCUGCCUUUUCAUUUUAAUUCAAUAGGAAGGCUGUCUUUCAACAACCACAUUUAGAAUUUCCAUUUCUAUUGGCUUUAAAAAAAAAUAGAUUCUGUAGAUGUUCGAAGGCUGCAGUCACACAUCCAGUACUGUUCAUCAAGAAACAUUGUCUGCCAUGCAUUGACUGGAUUUACAUUUGCUCAGAACACAAUCUGCACCCUUGUCACUUAAAAUGUUUUUGUUUCAGUGAAACAGUCAUGUACAGUAUGCCAGCUUCUUUAUCUCUUUCACGCUAUCUCUCAUGCCCCCCACCCCAGCACUCCCUCUCAUUUUCUUUGACAUGCAUAUUGCGGUAACAGCCAUCGGCUGUUUUUGGCUAUGAUAAUUCCGCAGAUCAAAAUGUACUGUAAAUCAAAGAGAACGGCUUUUAAGAACUUUGUCACCAAUUCAGGAAAUGUGUAACUGUUCCCUUGCAGACUGAAUUCUGAACUCUUAAAGGGAUUAUCUGUCAUUCCAGCUAAGUGCUCGUGAUUGUAUCUUGUGCCAAACUGAAAGCUUGUUGACACCGAUAACAUAUCAUUUUCCCAUGAAGUACAGAUAGAGAAGGCGAGUUUCAACACCGUAUCGUGAAAAAGUGUUUGACCCCUUUCGGAUUUCCUCUAUUAUUGCAUAUUUGUCACACUGAAUGGUUUCAGGUCUUUAGACAAAAUGUAAUAUUAAUCAAAGAAAAACAUAAUUUUCUUUUCUAAUUAUUAUUUCAGCCAGGCCUGUUGAAUCAAAACCUCACUCAUAUUGAACCUUACCUAUGAGAGUGAAAUAAUCACCACAGUGUUUCUACAAGCACUUUGGUUUCUGCCUAUCUGCUUUCCCAUGAAUCCUGUUUUUUUUUCCAUGAACAAAGUAAGUUACAGAAUAGAUGAGAAAACAGUUGUUGAAAUAUGUCAGUCUGGAAAGGGUUACAAAGCCGUUUCUAAGGCUCUGGGACAGCACCGAACCACUGUUAAGAGCCAUUGUUUACAAAUGGAGAACACUUGGAACAGUGGUGAAUCGUCCCAGGAGUGGCCGGCCUGCCAACAUUUCUCCAAGGGUACACCAACAACUCAUCCAGGAAGUCACAAAUGAUCCCAGAAGAACAUCCAAAGAACUGCAGUCAUCUUUACCCUCAGGUAUGGUCAGUGUUCAUGACUCCACAAUAAGAAAGAAAUUGGGCAAAAAUGGGAUUUAUGGGAAGGUAUCAAGGCGGAAACCACUGCUAACUAAGAGAAAACAUCAAUACUACUCACAUUGGCAAAAAAUAGCAUCUGAAUAUGAUCCCCAAGUCUUUUGGGUUACUAUUUUAUGGACAGUUGAGUCAAAACAUGGAACUUGUUGGAUGGCAUGGGUCCAAUUAUGCCUGGCAUAAAACAAAUACAGCAUUUCACAAUAAGAAUAUCAUACAGUACCAACAGUCGUACAUGCUGGUGGUAGUGUGAUGGUGUGGGCAUGCUUUGCUGCCGCAGGACCUGGACGACCAUUACUGAAGGAAGCAUGAAUUCUGCUCUAUACCACAGAAAAUGUCCAGUCAUCUGUCCGUGAGCUGGAGUUAAAGCGUAAUUGGGUUAGCCAGCAAGACAGCGAUCCAAAACACAAAAGCAAGUCCAUAUCUGAAUGGCUGAAAAGAAACAACAUUUAAGUUUUGUAGUGGCAAAAUCCUGACUUGAACCCAAUAAAGAUGCUGUGGCAGGACCUGAAACUAACAGUUCGUGCUUGAAAACCUUCCAGUUUGUCUGAAUUAAAGCAGUUCUGCAGAGAAGAGUGGGCUGAAAUUCCUCCACAGCAAUGUAAAUGACUGAUACUGAAUUAUAAGAAGCAUUUGGUUGCAGUUGUUGCAGCCAAUGGUGGUGCAACUAGUUAUUCAGUUUAAGGGGGCAUUUAUUUUUUCACCUGGGUGAUAUGGGUGUUUGAUAACUUUUUUCAUGAAUAAUUAAAAAAUGUGUUUUGUGUUUACUCAGGUUCACUUUACCUAAUAUAACAUUUUAUUUAAAGAUCUGAAACCACAAAGUGUGGCAAACAUGCAAUAACACUGGAAAUCUGGAAGGGGGCUAAUACUUUUUCAUGUCACUAUUAUUAUCAAGAACUGGCUGAACAGAUAUGUCCUGGGAUUGGAUUAGCAGUACCGUCUGGAUUCCAGACAUGGAAUGGUUUACAAUACCCUUCAUUCAUUUUAAAUAUGAUUUAUUACCCCCUAAAUGCAUGUACUUAUUUUGUACAAAACACUCAAAUGAAGAUAAUAAGGAUUACUUUGAGCACUUUGGAAAUGGUUAGUAAAGAGUCCAACUGCAAGGACGGUCACAUUUUUGGGGCGGUUAUUUCUGGAAUUUUUGGUUCUUUAGGACCUGAGACACUUUCUGUUUUCUAGUAAUCUUGUAUAAAGUUACUUUACAGUCCUUUGUAUAUGAGUAAGAUCUGAAAGUUCCAAUUUAAGAGCAAUUUUAUGCCAAAGAGAGGAACAGUGUAUUGCUGGCCAUUAUAAUGUGUGUUGUACAGAUAUUCUGUUGGAAUAUAGGGUUUUUUUCACACAAUUCAAUUCUUAAUCUGUCCUGUUUUUUAUCAUUAAGAAUGGUGCGAGUUUUAAGAGGGAAACAAUAUGUGAUGUACCUUUUGUACCUGUCCAGUGAUGUGAAUAAGCUGUUGUCCCUUGUGAAAUUCCAUUUGUGUUUAUUGUGUCUUUUUAUCCUGACGAUUUACUUAAUGUUCUUUAUUGUGUUUUUCUUUUUUGUACUGCCCAUUGUAUGUUUUUUUUAAGCGUCAUGAAAAAAAAAACUCCUGGGAAGGGUUUGAUUAGCUGUAGCAAGCAUUCGUGAAUCUGCCUGAAACAAAUCCAAAACGCAUGCAUCCCGCUGCUAUAAUUUGUGCACUGUUUGGUGCGCACUCUUGAGUGUACUCCGGAAAGCCAUGACCAAGGGUGUGAGUGAAGUGACAGCAUUGGACAUGUGAGAUUGGAAAUGCACUUUAGCAUCGCAAUUCAGCAAGUAACAAAGUAACCUAGCUUUAUGUUUAAAAAAGUAAAUACCAAUAUUACACCUGUACGUGAAGCUUACUUUGAUACACAAUGAUAGGCAGUUAACAACCUAGAGUACUAACUGGUUAUUUUAACCGACUUUGUAUUUCAGUGCACUUCACCUGACUGGUUGAGCAUGCAGGCUUGUUUGCAUGGUUAAUAUUUAAAUUGUAUUUAAGAUUGUGAAUACCUAUUUAUAUGCACUUUGUAGCAUACUGUAAAAGCAUUUGUUUUGGAGCAUAUUAGCCAAGGUACAGUAUGUGCUUGGUAUGGCCAACUAGACUCCUUCCUUCAGGGUCCUUCCUUGACACUUGGCAUUACUUGAACCGAAGAAUGUCAUUUCAAGCUUCAGUUAGGUGCGUGUAGGGCCAUCAACACAAUGAGAUAACUGGCCAUGAUACAUCAUGUGUUUGUCAUUGUUGGAAAUUUAUCCAUCAGGGCUAAGUCAUCAAUGAAGAACAAACAAAAAAAAUGCAAGUGAUUUAGUCAGGACACCAUCAAGUGAAUGAAUAUCCUGAAAAGUUUUAAGAAUCUAAUAUCAACGUCUAUGGUGUGUCUGCCAUACACAUUCGUUGUACAUAUUUGUCAGAAGUGCAAUAUUUUAUCUGUUUGUCUUUAUGUGUUGUUCUAUGCACAUGUACGUGUUCCCUAGUCCCCUGAGUCUCUCUGGCCUACUGUGUUCAUGUGAUGCUUAUAUCAGGUGCAUGCUGGUUCCAGUGGCAUUCAUAGUCCUACACCCUAUAAUGAGUUUGCACACCCCCCCCCCCCCCCACCCACCCACACACACUGUUCACUUCAGCAUCCCAAUGUACUCUUGUCUUCUAAUGUAAAAUAACAUUCCAGAAGGUCACCAUCUUGGCAUAUGACUUUGGUUUGAGAUGGUGUUUCAUUAUAAUUAUUUUAUUUUAUAUAAUAUAUAUACAUUUGGUGGCCUCCACUUAUAUUCAUAUCCUUAUAACAUUGCAAUGAAAAAUUUAAAUACAUAGCAUAAGUAAAGAAAAUGUGCAAUCAGUUGGUUGUAUAAAUAAAUUAAAAUAUGGCAAAAGUUGAUGUUGCCAUGGCACAUGUUUUACAAAUACUGUUUUACAUGCUUUGUUUACUCACACCUACUGAAAUCGGUAUUUUGUUCAUGUUCAUUUAGCAUUUGGGCUGGGUUUAUAAACUUGAACCAUCGAGAGUUUUGACCAUGGCUUCUGCUCGAAUUUCACCUGAUUCUUUGGAUCUCUUUGUUUUGAUCCUGUGAUGUUCUUUCUUUUUGAAGUCUGCAGGUGGCGCCAUUGAUUUUUGUCUCCCAUCAAACACUCCCUUGUAGGCUUUGAUGUGAGCCCUGGGUCAUUAGCAUGCUGGAAUGCAAAUUGAGCUUGAGUUUCUUAGAUGGGGUUACUAAGGGUCUUGUUUGAUUUACAUGUGUGUGUGUGUGUGUGUGUGUGUGUGUGUGCUGUUGCGUGUGUGUGUGCGCGUGUGAGUUGAGAUCCAUUUGCAUUUGUCGCAUGUGUUCAAAGAUGCAGAAACCAGAACAUAUCAAUCUGCCCAAAAUCAAGUAAAUGAGCCUCUGUAUUUUCCAAGUGAUGAUUAUUUCAAAAUACAAGCUUCUGAUCACUAAUCACUUAAUGUGAUUUAGAUGCAUUUCGAGUCAUUUGAGCUUCUACUUCAUAAAAACUCAUGUGGCUUGGUGGAAAUAGUAUUGGUCAUAAUGGUUUGAAAUUUUCAAUCGUGAUGAUGCAAUUUCCCAACCUCUUAUCUCUAUCAUUGCCAUUGGUUUUGAUUAAAUUUUCCCCCUACAGAAUUUUUUUCACGGCAUAUCUCAUUUUAAAAGAUCUUCCUGGAAUGGAAAUUAUUAUCCCAGGAAUUUGUGGUACAGUGGAAAUGUGGUUCAGGUGAAAUUUUGAAAUUUUCAGUAUUAAAUUUUGAAUUAAAUCGAAGCAAUGAAUUCUGCGAUUGCAUUGAUUUUUUGUUUGAUAUUUGCAGGCUGGGUCCUGUAAGGUUCUAGAAGCUUCAAUUUAUUCCAAACAAUGAAACAUAAUAUAGGUUUUGCAUUUAAAGGUAGCAACAGUGAGAUGAAUGAAUUUAAUCACAGUUUAAAAAAAUAUUUGUAAAACAUGUUGCUCUGUGUAGUAAUAUGUGCAAAAGGGGUGCACAAUUUCCAUAUAUACUUGCAAAAUUGUUGACUGGACAUUUCAAGUCAGUCUUGUCUUGAUUCAUCUUAUUUAGUAGUUUAUUAAGGUAAUGAAUAAAAUUGGAGGACUCAUUUUUUAUGGGGUAUCAGGCAGCGAAAGAGUCAAUCCUCAAAAUCUUUUUUGUCAUUUGCAAAAAAAUUCAGAGGGCUAUGAAAAGGUGGUGUGUAAAUAGAUGAGGACAUUGUAAUCUUAGCAUCGCUGUUGUGUGUUCUACUUAACUGCCCUUUGUGUGUUUGAGGUGUCCGUUGUUGCGGUAUGUUUUCAAUGGAUAUAUGUGUUGCACUGCGUUACUAUGAAUGUACCUGUAGGUUGUCGAGUUCCACAAAGCAUGGCACAUCUGUACUGAAAUGCAACCGUUACAAUGUAAAUAUGUACUAAUAAUAAGAGGCUAUUUUUUGCAUGCUUUUCUACACUAGACAUAAUCGAAGACAAUAAAUAAAAGUCACAAGAGUUAUGUCUCUGA